GUCUCCACAACUCGUUUCAGCCUCCAGACAAGGAAAGCCGAACUCGCUUCCAUCAGUCCACAAGCUAUGGUCGAAAGAUCGAGAGGAAACAUCCUUCUCUGGAUUUACCAACGAAGGAAAUAUCUUAGGGUUUUUCCUAAUGAAAUUAUUUGUUCACGAAUGGAAGCCAUUUAUAAUGCUUAUGAUGUCAAGCUUGGAGAGAUACAUUUGGGAUAAACUUGGUGAUAAGCAAGGUACAAAAAGUUUCAGAUUCUCAUACCUUGUUCCAUAAUACAUAAAGGAGAAAAGGAAAGAGAGAAGGCUAUUAUAGUUUCCAUUGAUGCGGAGUUUGUUGUUUUCUGAGUGGUGAUGGGUUCUUUCUGUAGACGACGAGCAUUGGCUUUUAUGUUCCUUUACUGGCUGACCUGCGCUUUCUCUCAGUCCUUAGUGGGCGGUUUCAGAAAGGUUAGAGGGGUGAACUUAGGAGGGUGGCUGGUGGUGGAGAGGUGGAUCAAACCUUCCCUUUUUGAUGGAAUUCCCAAUAGUGAUAUGCUGGAUGGAACUCAAGUUCAGUUCAAGUCAGUGGCGCUGCAGAAGUUUGUGAGCGCUGCUAAUGGAGGAGGCUCGAAUGUAACUGUAGAUCGUGAUAUUCCUUCUUGGUGGGAAACCUUCAAG